AUGGCUGAUUUCAGUGAAGAUUUGUUUGAUGUAUUCGAAGAAUCUAGUGAAAGUGUUGUUGAGAUAAUUCCAACAACAUCACAAGAAAGUAAUUUGAAGACUACAAAAAUCGUGAAAAAUGCUGACGUGGAAAUUGGAGCUAAACGAGAUCUUGAUGAAAGUGAUACAGAUUACUCUGGCAAAAGACAGAAGACAGAAUCCAUUUUGGAAGAUAUUAAUAUAGAUGAUUUAGCAUCACGGAUAACAGUCCAUACGAUAGAGACUAUUGAGUCUUGUACUCAUGAAGUUGCUAUUCCACCAGGCCAGGAAUAUAUACCACUCGAAAAUAAGUCGAUCAAGCCAGCCAAGGAAUACAAAUUUGUUUUAGAUCCAUUUCAGAAGGAGGCUAUAUUAUGUAUAGAGAACAAUCAAUCUGUUCUAGUAUCGGCUCAUACAUCAGCUGGUAAAACUGUAGUUGCUGAGUAUGCGAUAGCAUCGUCUUUAAGAGACAAGCAACGAGUAAUUUAUACGACGCCUAUAAAAGCUCUAAGUAACCAGAAAUAUAGAGAAUUCUUUGAAGAGUUCAAAGAUGUUGGUUUAAUCACAGGAGAUGUUACCAUUAAUCCAACAGCCAGUGUUCUUAUUAUGACUACAGAGAUUUUGAGAAAUAUGUUGUACAGGGGUUCAGAGGUAAUGCGAGAAGUCGGUUGGGUAAUAUUCGACGAAAUUCAUUAUAUGCGUGACAAAGAAAGAGGUGUAGUGUGGGAAGAAACUUUAAUACUCCUUCCAGAUAAUGUACAUUACGUGUUUCUUUCCGCAACAAUUCCCAACGCUCGACAAUUUGCUGAAUGGGUUUCUCAUUUACACCGCCAACCUUGUCACGUUGUAUAUACUGACUAUAGACCAACUCCGCUGCAGCAUUAUAUAUUUCCCGUUGGCGGAGAUGGUAUUCACUUGGUUGUUGAUGAGGCAGGACAAUUUAAAGAAGAGAAUUUUAACCGAGCCAUGGCGUGCCUGCAAAUGGGCGACGCUGCAAAAGGUGAUACAAAGGGCCGUAAAGGUGGACUUAAGGGAACCAAUGCUGGCCAAAGUAAUAUUUUCAAGAUGGUGAAGAUGAUAAUGGAGAGGAACUUUGCUCCUGUAAUCAUUUUCAGCUUUUCCAAGAAAGAUUGUGAGAUCUAUGCUAUGCAAAUGGCCAAAUUAGACCUGAAUACGAUAGAAGAAAAGAAAUUGGUUGAUGAAGUAUUUGAAAAUGCAAUGGAUGUCCUCAGUGAAGAGGAUAGACGACUGCCUCAGGUGGAGAACGUGUUGCCAUUAUUACGACGUGGUAUAGGCAUACAUCAUGGUGGUCUACUACCAAUAUUAAAAGAAACUGUAGAAAUUCUGUUUGGUGAGGGUUUAAUUAAAGCAUUAUUUGCUACCGAAACCUUUGCCAUGGGCUUAAACAUGCCUGCCAGAACAGUCCUCUUCACAGCACCUAGAAAAUUUGAUGGAAGAGACUUCCGCUGGAUCACUUCCGGUGAAUAUAUUCAAAUGUCUGGCAGAGCUGGCAGACGAGGUAUAGAUGAGAAGGGUAUAGUUAUUCUCAUGAUUGACGAGAGAGUCAGUCCUACUGUUGGGAAAGACAUUGUACAAGGAAAACCUGAUCCUAUUAAUUCUGCAUUUCAUCUUACGUACAAUAUGGUUCUCAAUCUUUUGAGGGUUGAAGAAAUUAAUCCCGAGUACAUGUUAGAGCGUAGUUUUUAUCAGUUUCAAAAUCAAGCCAGCAUCCCAGAGUUAUAUAACAAGGUGAAAAACUUGGAAGCUGAAUAUGAGGCUAUACAAAUUGAGAAAUUCCAAGAUAUUUCCAGCUAUCACGAUAUACGGGAGCAGCUCGAUAAACUUUCAAUAGAAUUUCGAAGUUUUUUAACAAAACCGGAUUAUUUGCUACCAUUUUUACAACCAGGAAGAAUGGUGAAGGUGAAAAAUGAAAGUGACACGUUCGAUUGGGGAAUAAUAGUAAAUUUUAAAAAGAAAACUCCGAAAAAUCCUAUGCUGGAAAAAACUGUUAUUGUCGUAGAUAUAUUGCUCCAUAUUUCUAGUGACUCUACUGAAGGUUCACCAAUUCCAUGCCGACCUGGUGAAGAUGGUGAUGUAGAAGUGGUGCCCGUCUUACAUACUUUACUUUCUGAAAUCAGUUCACUUAGAGUUUAUUAUCCAAAAGAUUUAAGACCUUCUGAUAAUAGAAGAAGCGUCCUUAAAACAAUACAGGAAGUAAAAAAGAGAUUUCCAGAUGGGCCACCAUUGCUCAAUCCUAUUACUGAUAUGAAAAUCGAAGAUUCAGCAUUCAAAGAUAUAGUAAAGCGCAUUGAAGUAUUAGAAGAACGAUUAUUCGCACAUCCUUUGCACAAGAAUCCACAAUUGAACGAACUGUACACACAAUUUAUACGAAAAGAAGAGCUAGGUACUCAAUUAAAACAAGCUAAGACAGAAUUAAAACAAGCCAAAUCCGUAUUACAAAUGGAGGAGCUCAAAUGUAGAAAACGUGUUUUACGAAGAAUGGCUUAUUGCACCGCAGCAGAUGUCAUAGAACUAAAAGGUCGAGUAGCUUGUGAGCUUAACGGAGCUGAUGAGCUCUUGAUGACUGAAAUGAUUUUCAAUGGGCUGUUCAACGCCUUGAGUGUUCCCCAAAUGGUAGCACUGAUUAGUUGCUUCGUUUGUGAUGAGAAAUCUAAUGAAAUGCCGAGAAGUACAGAAGAAUUGAGUGGCCCACUCAGGCAGAUGCAGGAUCUAGCUCGCAGAAUAGCUAAAGUAUCUACAGAUGCUAAAUUAGAAUUGGAUGAAGCCGCUUAUGUAGAUAAAUUCAAACCGUAUCUCAUGGAUGUCAUGUAUGCCUGGUGUAAAGGUGCGAGUUUUUUGCAAAUAUGCAAAAUGACCGAUAUAUUCGAAGGCUCUAUUAUACGGUGUAUGCGUCGUCUAGAGGAGGUUCUCAGACAGCUUUGCCAAGCAGCCAAGAAUAUAGGAAAUACAGAUUUGGAAAAUAAAUUUAGCGAAGCCAUAAAGAUAAUUAAGAGGGAUAUUGUUUUUGCCGCUUCUUUAUAUUUAUAAUGGAGUUUUUUAUACGAAGAUUUGUGUAUGUAUAUUCAUUAUAUUGUACAUUUGACACGCCUGAUUUACAAAAUACAUUUUCUGGAUUCUUUCA